CCGCGGAAACUACUCCGUGGACACCAAAGUGCACGUGUUCAAGUUCCCAAAGGAUCAAACACUGAGGGAUGCAUGGAUACGCGCUGUGCCGCGGGAAGACCUCUCCGUCACCGAGAAUUCAAGGGUAUGCGAACUUCACUUCGGACAUGAGGACAUCAUCCGAGAAGCAUGGCAUAUCGAUGAAAGUACUGGCCGCACCAUCACAGUGCCCUUAUCCCAUGUCCGUCUUCGCCCUGACGCUGUACCGUCGAAGUUCCCUAGCUGCCCGACCUAACUGUCUAGGGAAGCCACAAGAAGAGAAAAUCCCGACUUCAAGCGGGCGCGCAUGGAGCAUGCUGCUAUGCAAAAAGCUAUCGCGGAGUCCGAGGAGAUGUUUAACAGGGCACAUGAAGAGGAAAAAGUCCAUUCGUUAGGAGAACUAAUCGGACACUUGCGGAGCAAGGAGAUGAAGUUUUGGAACAUAAUAGAAAAGGACGAAAUGCUUGUUAUUAUCCACAUCGUCGACGUCGAGGCCCCGUGGCUGAAGUACUCUGUCUGCGUAAAAGUAGACAUGAACGUGACGCUACACGUCAUGAAAACGGCGGUAAAAAAGUUAGGUGCAAAUCUGGUCGUUCCAGAAAUUGCUGAUAGUAAGAAGGGUAUAGUAGAACUCCUCGAAGGCAUCGAGAAGUGGAACGGGGACCUGAUUUCCAACUCAGUCGAGGAAAUUUGCGAGGCUAUUUGCCUACUGCUGGAUCAGUUGUCCACGUUCCUCGCAGAAGAUGACGCCGACUCCCUUGGAUUUCUGCGACAGCAAGUAAGCUUGUUCCAAGCGAAAAACCAGCGCAGAGGCUACUCUGCAGAUUUUGUGGUGUUUUGUUGCAUUCUUUUCACCAUAUCGCCCCAUGCGUACGCUUAUGUACGCAGCCAUGGAAGCGUCACUUUGCCGCAUCCCAUGACGAUCAGAUCGGUAUGCUCCUCUUAUGGCAUGAGCCCUCAACAAGAAAAUCAGAGCAAAGCAUUCCUCAGUUACAUGCGAGAAGAUUUUCUGACCUCAAAGAUCACCAGCGCUUCGUCACCCCUGAAGUGCAAAUUCAAAGAAGUUGCGCACAUCGUGCCAGUGCACAGACUAGACGCGGAGCUCCUGCACAAGAUGCUGAAAGAUGUGAUUUGCGGCCUGGAAAAGAUUGGGUACCGCGUUGUGUGCGUCGUGAGUGAAAACAACUCUGUGAACAGAAAAGCAAUGUCCCACUUCGAAUCGCCCGCUUCUAACAGAACUGUGUAUCAACACCCGUCAGACCCUGCAAUGCCGCUGUUUUUCGUUAUAGACCCGGUACACAUACUAAAAUGCAUACGAAACAACUGUAUCAACCAGAAGAAUGACCAAGUUUGCUUCUACUUCCCUCAUUUUCGACAGCUUUAA